AUCUGAAUGCUAAGCCAGGGCAGAAUGCUGGUGAAGUAGCAACUUAAGUGGCAGUGUUUAUUCUGAAAUCCUCAGGCAGCCAGACUGUCGUGGGCAAACGUUGAUAAAAUAGCCCUUAUCCAGGUUUUUAUCUAAGGAAUCCUGAGAAGACUGGAGAAUGGAGAGAGAGCAAAGGCUCGUGUCAGAGAAGGAUGAGUAUCAGUUUCAGCAUCAGGGAGCGGUGGAGCUGCUUGUCUUUAAUUUUUUGCUCAUCCUUACCAUUUUGACAAUCUGGUUAUUUAAAAAUCAUCGAUUUCGCUUCUUGCACGAAACUGGAGGAGCGAUGGUGUACGGCCUCAUAAUGGGAUUAAUCUUACGAUAUGCUACGGCGCCAACUGAUAUUGAGAGUGGGACUGUGUAUGACUGUGGGAAACUGGCCUUCAGUCCAUCAACUCUGCUGAUUAAUAUCACUGACCAAGUUUAUGAAUACAAAUACAAGAGAGAGAUAAGCCAGCACAACAUCAAUCCUCAUCAAGGCAAUGCUAUACUUGAAAAGAUGACAUUUGAUCCAGAAAUCUUCUUCAAUGUUUUACUGCCACCAAUUAUAUUUCAUGCAGGAUAUAGCCUAAAGAAGAGACACUUUUUUCAAAACUUAGGAUCUAUUUUAACAUACGCCUUCUUGGGAACUGCCAUCUCUUGUAUCGUCAUAGGGUUAAUUAUGUAUGGCUUUGUGAAGGCUAUGGUACAUGCUGGCCAGUUGAAAAAUGGAGACUUUCAUUUCACUGACUGUUUGUUUUUUGGUUCACUGAUGUCUGCUACAGAUCCAGUGACGGUGCUGGCCAUUUUCCAUGAACUGCACGUCGACCUCGACCUGUACACACUCUUGUUUGGGGAGAGUGUAUUGAAUGAUGCAGUAGCCAUAGUCCUCACAUAUUCUAUAUCCAUUUACAGUCCCAAGGAGAAUCCAAAUACAUUUGAUGCUGCGGCAUUCUUCCAGUCCGUGGGGAAUUUCCUGGGGAUCUUCGCCGGCUCAUUUGCAAUGGGGUCUGCAUAUGCUGUUGUCACAGCGCUGUUGACCAAAUUUACCAAACUGUGCGAGUUCCCUAUGCUGGAAACAGGCCUGUUUUUCCUCCUGUCUUGGAGUGCCUUCCUGUCUGCCGAGGCCGCCGGCCUCACAGGGAUAGUUGCUGUUCUCUUCUGUGGAGUCACACAGGCACACUAUACCUACAACAAUCUGUCGCUGGAUUCCAAAAUGAGGACUAAACAGUUGUUUGAAUUCAUGAACUUCUUGGCUGAGAACGUCAUCUUCUGUUACAUGGGCCUGGCGCUGUUCACGUUCCAGAAUCAUAUCUUUAAUGUUCUUUUUAUACUUGGAGCCUUUCUAGCAAUUUUUGUUGCCAGAGCCUGCAACAUAUAUCCCCUCUCCUUCCUCCUGAAUGUGGGCCGAAAACAGAAGAUCCCCUGGAGCUUUCAGCACAUGAUGAUGUUUUCAGGUUUGCGAGGAGCGAUAGCAUUUGCUUUAGCUAUUCGGGACACAGAAUCUCAGCCCAAACAAAUGAUGUUCACCACCACGCUGCUCCUUGUGUUCUUCACAGUCUGGGUAUUCGGAGGAGGAACGAUCCCCAUGCUGACUUGGCUUCAGAUCAGAGUUGGCGUGGACCUGGAUGAAGAUCUGAAGGAGCCCUCCGCACACCAGGAAGCAAAUAACUUGGAAAAAAGCACGACAAAAACAGAGAGUGCUUGGCUCUUCAGAAUGUGGUAUGGCUUUGAUCACAAAUAUCUGAAACCGAUUUUAACCCAUUCGGGUCCUCCACUGACUACCACGUUACCUGAAUGGUGCGGUCCACUCUCCAGGCUACUCACUAGCCCGCAGGCCUAUGGGGAACAGCUAAAAGAGGAUGAUGUGGAAUGCAUUGUAAAUCAAGACGAACUGGCCAUGAAUUACCAGGAGCAAGCCGCCUCUCCCUGCAGUCCUCCUGCAAGGCUGGGUCUGGACCAGAAAGCGUCACCUCAGACGCCAAGCAAGGAAAACAUCUAUGAGGGGGACCUCGGCUUGGGAGGCUAUGAACUCAAGCUUGAGCAAACUCAGGGUCAAUCCCAGCUGAAUUAAUGGGCUUGAGCAGUGCAGGUAUAAUCACAAGUAAUGCAAGGCUCACCGAGGAAUACAGGCUGAGCUGAUGAGGGGGUGUCGAGAAGAGGCUGGAAAAUGUAUUAAAAGCAGAAAUCGGAGAGAAUCAAAACCCUGUCACAUGUAUCCUCUGGUGCCUGAAGAAAUGAGAAUUUAUUGUCAUCCCUCGAUAUUAUGCAAGUGAAUUUAAGUUUUUGACAGCAGCCAUUUUUAUUAAUGAUU